AGAGAACACAAUUUAUCAAUAUGAAGAAACCAUGUGAUAUGUUUUGACUUGUUUAGAACAAGGCCAUUACAUCAGCUAUGAAAUUAUUAGCCCCUUGGAUGUAAAGUCUCUUUCUGAAGGGCCAGAUAUCUUCUGAAGGGCCAGAUAAGUUGGUAUGAGUUCUCUAAUCCCAAAUACUCCUUGAUAAACACCAUGAAGACAAUAGCAUGUGACAUCUCAUUGGCCUUUGCCUCCCACUCCCACUAGACCCCAUUAUUCAAUUCAGCACAGAAUUUCCACAUAGACUUGUAUAUCUAUCUAUAUAUACUCAUCUUGGCAUUCUAAAGCAAUAUAAGCCACUCACAAAAUAAGAAAUCAAAUAUUACACACAAGCUUCUAUCCUUGUUGUAUUGUUUUUGCUGUGUUGCAACUCAAAAGUCAUAACAAUGGGUUUCCGCUUACCUGGUAUUAGAAGGUUAUCAUUUUCUGCAACCGAAGCAGCUUCCGAGGCUGUUGGAGUCCCUAAAGGCUAUCUUGCAGUCUAUGUUGGAGAGAAGAUGAAGCGGUUCGUGAUCCCGAUUUCAUACUUGAAUCAACCUUCAUUUCAAGAAUUACUAAGCCAAGCUGAAGACAAAUAUGGAUAUGAUCAUCCAAUGGGUGGUCUCACAAUUCCUUGCAAGGAAGAUGCUUUCUUAGACCUCACUUCUCGCUUGAAUUGAAUGUUAGAUCAUACUGAAGGAUACUUACAUAGAUUAGCUGAGACUAAUUGUACAGCAGGCACUUUCAAUUUUCUUUACAUCAUUCUUUUGUAAGUGGAAAAAUCCAUUGAACUGAGAUAUUUAUGAACAGAUAUAUUAAACUUUCUUGUCUAA